GAAUCAUCUCUUGGCAGAAAAGGGGACAUCUAAAAGGAAGAAAGAGCAUUUUUACAGCAGUGUUCUUAGAAAUAGAUGUUUUUUCUCUGCACGCACCAAAAAGCACAAGACCUUAUCCUCUAAUCAAAUACACUUUUUGGACAUAAUGCUGCAAGGUGCUUAAUGAACCAACAGAAGGACUGAUUCAGCAUUAGACUGGUGAACUUGCGUAUAAAUCGAUGGACCCAGAAUUUCCAGCAGACAUGGAGGGAGAUGUGAGAGACAGGAGGAAGAUUCAGUUCUCCGUGCCCUCUGCACUGCCUACCCAACUGGAUCCCAAACAAGCAGAGUUGAUUCGGCGCAGAAGACCGACGCCUGCAACCCUGUUCCAGCUAACAGAUCAUGCAUCUCCAGACGAUGAGAGUAUCAGCCAUCAGUUGCCUGUUAUUGAAAAUGGAGCUCUUAAGCCAAAAAGAGUCACCACAGCCAUCUACGAGCCGCCAUCACUGAAGGCAGUUCAAAGGAUGGCUGAAGCUCAUAUGCAGUUUCUGGAUGCUCCGCAGCCAGGAGAGGGCAGCACAAUCUCUGAUUGCUCAGAUACAGAAGACGUACAUGCAAUAUCUGCCAAAGAUCUCCCUAAAGACAACAGAUCAGUCCAAUCAAAGUGUCACCUGGAGUGUGAGGUCACCAGCCAGGAUACAACAUCCAGCCAACAGCCAGAUAAUCCAGGCAAAGCUGAGGAGGACAGCAGAAUAUCUACAGGGAGAGUGAUGAAUGAAGAAAGAAACAGAGUUAAACAUGAGAAGAAAGGAAAAGGAAAAUAAUAAUUGUGAGCAGGGACUAAAAAUGAUUCAAGGAACACAUUUUUCUUUUAUUUUAAUUGUUCCGGAGUGAAAACGUUAAUUUUAAAUGCUGGUAACUGGUUAUAACCGGUUAAUUUCGCUCCGAUAAUUUUUUCAUGAAACCAAAGGCCAAAGGGUUUAUCAGAGUACAUUUUUGGAACUACACCACUUCAUGUUGCCUGAAAAAUGAAACGUGCUUUGAUCCUGAAGGAAAAUUACACAUUUCUUUGCCUAAUUGCCUGUAGUGGAUGUUGAAUUCUGUGAAUGAAGAUCUUUUUGAACAACUAUGUUUAAUUACUACAUAUACUUGAACGGCUAAUCCAGAUACAAAGAUAAUUAUUAGAGGUAAAAAGUACAUUUCUCAGUUGUUUCCAAGUCUUCACUGAAUUAUUGUUAGAUAUGAUGCAUUCAUACAGAUUUGAUGCUACCGGCUUUUGACUAAGAAUCAGAUCUGUAAAAUUAUACUUAACUGUUAAUUAACUGUAUGCUUGUUAUGAUUUCUAUGCUGAUAAAUCCACCACACAAGAAAAAAAAAAUUGUGCUUAUUUUCAUUUAUUUUGGUGAGGCAAGUGGCUUAUUUUGGGCUUGCUUUUGCAGACCAGGUUGCUUGUUUCUCUUGCGAGAUCUGGAAAAAGUCAAAUUGGUAUUUCACCCACCCCUUAGCGCAGAGUACUGUCAUUUUUAAAAGAACGUUAUUAACCGUUCUUUUAUUUUGUUUCAACAGGUAACAUUUUGGAAAGGAGGCUGCAGAACUUCUGAACCGGAAUGAAAAAAUACCGUUCUUGUUCAGAACGAACUGAAAUGAAAAACAUUUCAUUUUUAGUCCCUAAUUGUGAGUGAAGUGGAAAGGGUGUAAGCUUUUAUUAAAAUCUGACUUAUUGGUGAAUCUCAUGAAACCUCUGAAGAACAUUUUCAUGACAUGUUUCAACCCACAAAAUAAAUAAAUAAACCAAGAAAUUCUAUUUUGAAAGAAAAUGAAGCCUAUUUUGACAUGUUUGACCAUUGUGACAUUUAUUUAAUGUAAAAGUUCCCUAAUUUUCAUUUCUGUAAAGCAAAAAGUUCGACAUGUUACUUGGACAGUUUUCAUGAGCACUGCAAACAAAUAAUAUUCUUAUUAUGACAAACAAGUAUACUUGUUUUAAACAUCCUUAAAAUUUGUAAAAUUUACCUGAGAAGCAAAAAUUUUAGAUAUUUUGUUUGGGUGCACUGGCAGAUUUUUCACCUCUUAAGCAUAAAAAAAAUAAAUAAAUAAAAAUCUUCCAGUGCAACAAGAAGAAAUACACUUAUAGCACUUAUACACAGAUAAUUUGACUGGAAAACAAGUCGAAGAUGCUUUUUGUAGUGAGAUUCACCCUAAUAUGCAUUUUUAAGAGAUUAUUUUUUAAAACGGAGAGGUUGAUGUGAUUGUUGUCAAAGAGAAUAGAAAAGGGGAGAUAAGGUUCAACGUUGGUUUAAUGUAGUUCUAAAACAAAGAAUUCGGGAGGAACUAAUUCAUCUAAUCUUGUCAGUCAUUAAACAAGAGUAUAAACAGAUGCAUACCUCACUACCGUGACAAUUCUUCCAACAUCCCUCCACCACCCCAUCUCCUGCCUUAUUAACUUAAUUUAUUACAUUAUUAGUCAGUAAUAAAUUAAGGAGGGGAUUGUAUGCGUAUGUGAACUUGUGAUUGAGCAGGUGAGGACAGCAAUCAUACUGUCAGUACUGUACACUCAAUACGCAUUAUACAGUAUACUCACAUAUCUAGAUUGUGUUUAUUCUGUAAGGGUCUCGUUUUUUUUUUUUUUUUUUUUUUUUUGCAAUUUUAUUAAAAUUACUGUAAUUAACACUACAGUACAGUAAUAAUGUUUGAAAUAUUUUGUGUACAUUAUGGAAUGUCUAUCAUUUUUUUCUCAAUAGAAUUUAUAGUGAAUGUCAAUAAAUAAUUAAACAUGGUUGUACAAUACAGUGGCCCAAAAAAUAUUUGGACACUUAAAAAUUUUCAAAUUGCUAAAAUGUUGCAGAAAAGUGAAGUUAGUUUUGAGAAAAGCCCUUGCAUCAUUUGUUUGAUAUUUUGUUAUCUAAUGCAAUGACUUUUAGGCAACUGGAGUCAGGGUGAUUUUUAGUAAAUGUAUAAAGUCAGUUCUCCUCAAAUUCACACAGGUGUCCUAGCAGACUUCCUACAGGUGUAGUGGACAUGUUGGACAACUAUGGACAUGUCCCACUAAUGUUUGACAACCACAAAGUAGUACUUUUGGUCUUCAUGUAUUGCUUGUAAGUGUAACUUACAGAAAGUGAACAAACACUUUUGGGGCCACUGAAUGUGCCAAAAAUUAAUCCACUUGUUCUCACUCUUUGACAAUAAAAAUGUUGAAAGCA